AUGACAUCCAGUGAAAUAGAUGGAACAUUUUUCAAGUAUGCGUCAAUCCUUGUUGCAUUCGCAGUCGUCCUAUAUGCAAUCCUCCUUGGCUUGCUGACCACCUCGACCUUCCAAUCAAAUGUCGCUUAUCUUCACACCAUCCAGAUGGCAUGGUUCAAGGACCUGAAUGUUCCUGAACCAUUUGGAUUCCUAAAAAGCCAAGUGACCCCUUUCUCUAUCAACACCACAGACGGUGAAUGA